AUGAAUAAUAAAUAUGUACAAAGAGUGGAUAAGCAAUCUGGUCCUUCCCUGGAUGAUUUUAUAUACGAGAAAUCCAUCAGUUUAAACAAUGAAAUCAAAAAUUCUUACAAUAAUUACAUUCUCUACAAUUCUCCCAUUUCACCGUAUUACCUCCUUACACAUUUACAUAUUAUUUCUUAUUUACUAUUUUAUCAUGUUAUGUAUACAGUUAGAAAUGAGUUUAUUCCGAGGACUGAAUUUAAGUAUGAUAGAAAUAUAGCCUGGUAUACGCCUGAGAUGGCUAGAGGAAUGGUGAACAUUGCCAAUAAGAAGAAAGCAGUUGACUGUGUUCUGGAGGUCAGAGAUGCUAGAGCACCACUCUCCUCAGCCAAUCCCUCAAUACUAAACCACUAUCCAAACCGCAUCAACAAGCUCGUUAUACUGAAUAAGGCCGAUCUCGCUCCUAAACACUCACUUCAAAGGUCAAGAGAGUUGUUGGAAUCAGUUGGUAAUAAAGUUAUAUUAAUAAAUUCAUUAUCUCUGAAGAAGAUUAUUAAGAUAAAGCGGUUUGUGACUUCCAAUGUUAGUGUUAAAUUUCCUGCUCUUGGGUUUUGGCUUUUAGUUGUCGGUCUUCCAAACGUAGGCAAGUCUUCCCUAAUUAAAGCUUUAAAACAUCAUUCAUUCAAGGUCUUAGUUAUCAUUCACAUAGUUAUUAAGUUAACUACGCACUACAUUUAUCCUGAGUAUGUGAUCUAUGAUUAUAGGAGCAAUGGUAUAGUAAAAAGGAAGUAUUGGAACAAGAACGAAUGA